UUACAUGCAGGGCAGGCAGCCUUGAAAUUGCCUGUGGCAGGCAUUGAGCCACCAGAAAGGAGACAAGAUUCAUGGGUUAAGGACGGGGUGUUCUGGUGGAUUUCGGGACAGCCUGCCAGCUCCAUCUGGGUGACAACCAGAGAACUUGAGAAUCCUGUGAUUAUCAAACCACCAGAGGGAACUGCUGUCUCUUAAAGAGGCCCAACUGAUCUUUCUUCAUUUUGGUGAAGUCUCGAAGACCAGGUAAAGACAUGUCUGAUUCACGUGUGUUAGACAUUCCUGCUGUGAUUUUUGACAAUGGUUCAGGCCUCUGUAAAGUGGGACUGUCUGGAGAUAUUGGACCCCGUCAUAUUGUCAGCUCAGUCGUGGGGCAUCCUAAAUUUAACAUAUCUUCUGCAAGAGCCAAUCCAAAGAAAUACUUUGUUGGAGUUGAAGCCCUGGACAAGAAUGAUUCUUUAUAUUUGCACUACCCCAUUGAGCGUGGACUGGUAACAGGGUGGGAUGACAUGGAAAAACUCUGGAACCAUCUUUUUGAAGUAGAGCUGGGAGUGAAACCCAGUGAACAGCCUGUACUCCUGACUGAGCCCUCCUUGAACCCAAAAGAGACUCGAGAAAGAACUGCAGAAACCAUGUUUGAGAAGUUCAACGUUCCAGGUUUCUAUCUGGCCAACCAUGCUGUGGUAGCUCUCUAUGCCUCUGCCUGUGUCACCGGCCUUGUGGUCGACAGUGGAGAAGGACUUACCUGCACUGUUCCCAUCUUUGAGGGUUACACCCUGCCCCAUGCAGUCACCAAGCUCUGCGUGGCAGGAAGAGACAUCACAGAGCACCUCACCCGACUCCUCCUUGCUAAUGGGUGCAACUUCCCUUGUAUCCUGAACAAAGCCGUGGUGGAUGACAUCAAGGAGAAGCUAUGUUAUGUCGCUGUAGAGCCAGAGAACAAGAGAGGUGAUGUGGUCCUGAGAAAAUACAAGCUGCCAGAUGGGAAUGUCAUUCCCAUUGGAGACCAGCUGUCCCAAGUGCCUGAGGUUCUUUUUACACCUGAUCAACUGGGCAUACACAACCCCGGGCUCUCAAAAAUGGUUUCCAGCAGCAUCUUGAAGUGUGACGUUGACAUCCAGAAGAACCUGUUUGCAGAGAUUGUGCUGUGUGGUGGUACCACUCUCUUCCCUGGACUGGAGGAAAGACUCAUGAAUGAACUGGAACUGCUGGCUUCCAAAGGGACUCCCAUCAAGAUCACUGCUUCUCCUGAUAGAUGUUUCUCUUCGUGGAUUGGCUCAUCCAUUAUGACAUCUCUGAGCACUUUCAAGCAGAUGUGGGUCUCCUCUGCAGAAUUCGAGGAGUUUGGGGCCUCUGUGGUUCAGAGGAAAUGCUUUUAGAGAACAUGGACUGAACACAUGAGACAUCUUGAAGUGCCAGAUUACCAGAGCACUUGCAAGAAGUGACAUGAUGUCUCAGCAUACAGCAGAAUGCUCAAUAAAAAAGUG